CCCGCCGACGUUUGACGGAACCUUUCUUUUUGUUCCGGCCUCACUGGAGCAAACAUGGCGGCAGAGGGAGACGUCGAUUUGGACCUGGAAGCCGACGAAAACUGUACUGGAAAACCGGCAGAAAAGCCUCGGAAACAUGACAGUGGAGCCGCUGAUUUGGAGAGAGUCACGGACUAUGCGGAGGAGAAGGAAAUCUCCAGCUCUGAUUUAGAAACGGCCAUGUCAGUGAUUGGAGACAGAAGGUCACGAGAACAGAAAGCCAAACAAGAGAGAGAAAAAGAGUUGGCCAAAGUCACCAUCAAGAAAGAGGAUGUAGAACUAAUUAUGUCAGAGAUGGAGAUUUCGAGGGCCGUGGCGGAGCGCAGUCUGCGGGAACACAUGGGGAACGUGGUGGAGGCUCUGGUGGCCCUGACCAACUGAACAAAUGGCAUUUACACUCUGGACUGCUUCACUUUGUUUUUGUUCCCAGGGCUCAUCAAGACAGUGAGGCUGAACUGAUCUCAGUGGUUAAACCUUCUUGGGAUGUAAUCUUUACCCCAAAUCCUUUGGUUUUUUUUUUGUUUUUUAAAUAAAAGUUGACCUGCGAUUAAAAUAA